AUGCUGUCCUGCUUCUGGUUUUUCUCCAGGCACAUGGGCCCUGCACUGAGGUCCCUGCCCCGUGUGCUACACAGAUGUACCGUCCCACAGUGUUUGGCCUCCGGGUAUCCUUUAGGUCCCCUACCAGUCUCUUCCCCUCAACGUCUGCUGGCCUCGGCGGCCUCCUCCAAGGGCUCUGCUGGACCUGCCAGGGUUUGCCAAAACUUCCACCCAGACUGCGAGGCCGCCAUCAACCGCCAAAUCAACAUGGAGCUUUAUGCGUCCUACGUGUACCUGUCCAUGGCCUACUAUUUCUCCAGAGAUGAUGUGGCCUUGUACAACUUCUCCAAGUAUUUCCUUCACCAGUCCCUGGAGGAGAGGGAACACGCGGAGAAGCUUUUGAGGCUUCAGAACCAGCGCGGAGGCCGAAUCUCCCUCCAGGAUAUCAAGAAGCCAGACCGAGAUGACUGGGAAAGUGGACUGCGGGCCAUGGAAUGUGCUCUGCUCCUGGAGAAGAGUGUGAACCAGUCACUGCUGGACUUGCAUACUCUUGCAUCUGAAAAAGGAGAUCCUCAUUUGUGCGACUUUCUGGAAACGCACUACCUGAAUGAGCAGGUGAAGUCUAUUAAAGAAUUAGGUGACCAUGUGCACAACUUGAUCACCAUGGGGGCUCCAGCUGCUGGCCUGGCGGAGUAUCUUUUUGACAAGCACACCCUAGGAAGUGAGAACAAGCACUAA